GGUAACCAGACAGAAACAGAGAAAACAUGCUCCUCUGAGUAGAAGGAACAAUCAACCUUUCCAAUACAGAUCUGUAUGCUAUACAUAUAGCCUACUCCAGACGAGAAGAGGAUUCAAGAAUCAAACAGUGGACACUUUGAUACGACUGUAAGAAAAACUACAUCUCUUCAACUAAUCUGAUGCAGUCGUCUUCAACUUGCUAGCUGGAAGUAUUGGCGUUGCGGGACAUUUGUAAGGAGACAUUCAAGAAGAUUGUUGUUUGCACUUGUUCAGCGAAGUUCUGAGACCAAAGACUGGUUCCGUUGGACUUUUAUCGCUGUAAGGUAUUCGUGUUAUUUUCAGGUUUCCAGAUACAUCUUAGAAGCCACUACUUUCUCUGCUUCCACCAAAGCACUCAUAUUUGUGCUGGCAAUUAGCUGUAUGUCUACAAAAAUGGAACAGCCGUUUUAUCACGAUGAUUCGUUUCUUUCUCCGUACGGCCACUCGGACGCAGGUCUGCACGACUUCAAGCUCCUUAAGCAGAAUAUGACUAUGAACUUGGCCGAACCUUAUCGGAACCUCAAGUCCCAGCUGCGAGCCGAGGCUGACUUUUACCCGUCGGCCAACCCAGAUGUCGGGUCCCUGAAACUUGCUUCUCCUGAGCUGGAGAGAUUGAUCAUCCAGAACAGCAACGGCGUCAUUACCACCACACCCACCCCGAGUCAAUACUUUUACAAUCGGGGAAUCACAGAUGAGCAGGAAGGAUUCGCAGACGGUUUCGUGAAAGCACUGGACGAGCUCCACAAGAUGAACCAUAUGCCUCCGCCCAACGUGUCUAUUGGAGCCGGUGGUGUGACGACGUGUACGGCGGCGGCCUCUAGCGUCUUCGGCUCCUCCCUGCAGCCGGAACCUCCCGUUUACACAACACUGAACGCUUACUCUCCGAACACUACCCUGGCGUCCGUAUCCAGCUAUCCCACCGCCACGAUCAGCUAUUUACCGCCUCACCACCAGCAGCCGCAGCACCAGCAGACGACGGCGCCCGUCUCGCAUCACUUCCAACAUUCACUACCCGGCGCUGGGCUUCACACGCCGCGGCUUGUAGCCCUAAAAGAGGAACCGCAAACUGUUCCCGAUCUGCACAGCAGCGACGGCUCGCCCCCGAUGUCUCCCAUCAACAUGGAAAACCAGGAGCUCAUAAAGGCCGAACGCAAGAGGCUGAGAAACCGACUAGCAGCGACGAAAUGCCGACGACGCAAACUGGAGCGCAUCGCCCGCCUGGAGGACAAGGUUAAAAGCCUAAAGUCGGACAAUGCCGGGCUCUCCAGCACAGCUUCGCUCCUGCGUGAGCAAGUCGCUCAGCUUAAACAGAAAGUCAUGACUCAUGUCAGCAGCGGCUGUCAGCUAAUGCUGACAAGCAAGAUGGAGUCGUUUUAAGCAGAGAGACUGCCUAUUGGACAUUGAUUUAAGUAAGAACACUGGAAGGUUAUUCCUAAUGUAAUGUUGUUGUUUUUUAACAACUCGACAGCACUGGAUUCUUAUUGUUGAUGAUACAUAUCGAGCCAUGUACAUGUUUCAUUUUGAAAAUGAAAGUCAUUUCAUGUUUUAUCGUUUGAAGUAUGGGUAGCCUAUCUUAUGUAUUUGUAUGGAUUAUCAAUGGUACUUCCGGUCGCAAAGCACUGGGACCAUGUUGUGUAAUACACAACCGUGGAGUAGCCUAGUAUCCUGGACUCUUCAGAAACACUCGCAGAGAUUAUGUGUUAAAAUGGGUAUUCGGCUAAUUUCAGUCGUGUUUGGAUGAUGGUGUGGGAGGGGGGGGAAGGUGUACUUCAUGUGUAUUUUGUUUGUCUUUUUUAAUACUUUUGAUAUUGUCAUGCAAUGCUGCAUCAAGAAAUUUAAAUUAUUCUAUAUUUGUCAGGUUGAUCCCGACGAACCUUUACAAUGUCAUAUGUUUACGUUUUGUGCACGAUAUAUUUAAGUAAAAACUUUUAAAAUUA